AUGGAAAGAAGACAACCAUCCACCACAUUUCAUGAACCUCCCGUCUAUCGCGCCCCUGGCGAAAGCGGAGCUGUUGCCGCAAGCAGAACUUUCAGCGCGCGGACACCAAGCCGCAUGGAGAGUGCGCAUCCGUUCGGAGGCGAUCUCGGCCAGGAGAGGGAAGAGCUGGAAUUGGAAAGGUUCAAGAGUCAAGCUGGAAAGGAUCAAGUCAUUGUUCAUUGGGAAGGCGCAGAUGAUCCCGAGAAUCCGCAAAAUUGGUCAAACGCAUACAAGGCGUACUUGACAAUCAUGGGAGCACUGCUCGUUCUCAACUCCACAUUCACCAGUUCCGCACCCUCAGGCAUCGUGGAGCCAAUGAUCGCCUACUUCCAAUUUUCAUCCGAGGUGGCCACUCUCACGAUCAGUCUUUGGGUUGCAGGCUACUGUCUUGGUCCUCUUAUCUGGGGUCCCCUCUCAGAGCGCGUUGGCCGUAGACCAGUCUUCAUCAUCUCCAUCUUUGCCUACACUUGCUGGAACAUUGGCUGUGCCCUCUCCAAGAACACCGCCCAGAUUCUCGUUUUCCGAUUUUUGGGAGGCACAUUCGGAGCAGCACCUCUGACCAACUCGGGAGGUGUGAUCGCCGAUGUGUGGGGCCCUAAGCAGAGAGGCAUCGCGCUCUGCUUCUUCUCAGUCGCUCCUUUUGCUGGUCCAGCUGUCGGACCCAUCGUCUCUGGCGCCAUUGCAGUGACGAACACGGACUGGCGUUGGGUGUACUGGGUCUGCGCCAUCUUCUCUGGCGUCUGUCUCGUCAUUACCAUCUUCACCUUCAAGGAGACGUACGCUCCAGCAAUCCUCAAGAAGAAGGCGCAAAGAAUCAGAAAAGAGACGUCGGACGACAAGUACAAGGCGCCUUUGGAGCUGAACCCGCUCAAGCCAAAGACACUUCUGCACGAUACUAUCGCGUUCCCUUUCAUCAUGCUCUUCCAGGAGCCCAUUCUCAUUGCCAUGGGUCUUUACUUGAGCUUCGUCUAUGGUCUCAUCUAUCUCCAGUUCGAGUCUGUGCCCAUCGUCUUCGUGCAAGGACACGGCUUCAACAGUCUGGUCAACGGCUUGAUGUUCAUUCCUCUCUUCCUGGGCGGAGUGGCAGGCUGCCUGUUCUACGUCUUUUUCACCAAUCCCAAAUACACCAAGCUGGUGGACGAGUACGCAGCCAAGGGUCAGAGGGUGCCGCCCGAGAAGCGCUUGGACAUUGUGUGCAUCGCCGCACCUUGUCUGGUGGUCAGCUUCUUCUGGUUGGGUUGGACCAGCUACCCGUCCAUCUCUUUCUGGGCGCCCAUGAUGAGUCUCUCAUUGUUGGGUUUCGCAGUCCUGUUGAUCUUCUUGGGCCUCUUCAACUACAUCAUCGACUCGUACCUGGCCAAGGCCGCCUCUGCCCUUGCCAGCAACACCGUCAUGCGUUCAGCCUUUGGCGCUGGAUUCCCGCUCUUUGCGGCACAGAUGUACGCACGAUUGGGCACGCAGUGGGCUAGCAGUCUGCUCGGCUUCCUUGCCCUCCUCAUGCUGCCCAUCCCCUUCGUGCUGGUCAAGUACGGCCCUUCGAUCAGGAAGCUGUCCAAGCAUUCUGCAGAGUAG